AUGUCGUCCACCAGCAACGCCUCCAUUGACAAGUUCAACGGAGACAAUUACGCAACGUGGAGCCGGUACAUGCGCGGUGUGUUUUUGACGAAGUCCGUCUGGCACGUCGUCAACCGUGAAGUGACUCCGACGUUCACCGACCCGCGAGCGUCCGAUGACUACGUCAAGGCAAGCAACGUCGCGUUUGGUAUGAUGCUGCUGCACAUGAACGCGGACUACCAUCAUGUGCUGGACAACUGCGAGGAAGUCUGGGUUGCGUGGACAAGUCUGAAGACGCUGUACGGUGGGUCGCAGAAGGCAGGACGCAUCUACCUCAAGCGACAACUUUUCAGUAUCAAGAUGGCUGAAGGCGCGAACGUCAUGCAUCACUGCAACGAGGUCCUCAACAUCUCCGCCAAGCUUAGCGGCAUCGGUGCGAAGAUGGAAGACGAAGACGUUGCGAUCUGUAUGCUACUCAGUCUUCCGAAGAGCUACGAAAAUGUGGUGCUCAACAUGGAAAUGAGCAGCACCAAGCUUCGCACUCAAGAUGUGGUGAGAGUCCUGACGAAUGAGCAUGCCAAGCGUCAAGGAAAAAAAUGA